AUGGCUCCUUCCCGAUGAGCCAGCGCAGCUUCCCACCAUCCUUCUGGAACAGCACGUACCAGCCCUCCUCGGUCCCAGCCACCCUGAGCAGCCCCCUGGCAGCUGCCGCCCACAGCGAGCUGCCCUUCGCCACCACCGACCCCUACACACCCGCUUCUCUGCACGGCCACCUGCACCAGGGUGGCCCCGACCUGGUGCCCACCGCCUCUGUCCGCCCCCACCGCCUCACCCCCGCCUCUGUACCCACGCCGGUCAGCCCCCCCUGCGAACUGGGCAAGAGCGAGGCGGGAGGUGCCACGGCCUGGACGACGCCGGGACCCUUCCCCAACGCGGCGGGGGACAUGGCACAGAGCCUCAGCCUCAAUGUGGACGCAGCUCGCCGUUACUCCUUCUGUGGUGGAUCCCUUCUGAGCUGA